AUGAGGGAGAGCGCGCAAUGGCAACGUACACACACAACGUCGGAGCGACCUGUACCCUCUCGGCAGCGAGUCGAGGAUCCAUCAAACAAACAUUGCACUCACGUGUAUAUAAGUGAGUGUCACUACUCCUCGGAUCCACAAUUCGUUGCCUUCAAUCAGAUGCAGACUAUUUUGUUCGCUACGUUGGCUGUUUCAGUUGUUUUCGCUCAGUUUGUUCCGCAGCCACAAAACUAUGUUCCGCAGCAGCAACAGUACCUUCAAAAUCAACCAGCACGAUUCAGCCAAUACAGAGCAAACUCCAACAGCAACGUUUACAGUAACACCAACUACAACACCGGCUACAACACGCAGUAUGGCCAAACCGGCUACACCAAUAGCUACAACAGCAAUGGCUACGGAACGACAACACCUUCCUACUAUAGUGCUAACAAUAACAACCAAUUCGGGUACACUACGACACAGUACGGAAUGAAUCGACAAUUCGACCAAAAUGGCAUGUGGAAUGGCGUAGCUACGUCAACAGCACUGAUGGCGGUUGCUACCACAGCGAUCGCGUUCGUUCUCUGA